AAGCGCAGUCUCUGCUGGUCGUUGGGACGCCAUAAGGACAAGGCGGGAUGUGUUAUUGUGCUGAUAGCUUUCUUUCUUUCUUCUUCCCAUAAGAACUCGCUUCUUAUUCCAAACAAAACCGCAGGUGUAACCUCUUUAGCCUCCUGUCCAGCCUAAUACUACUACCUAUCCCAGGGUUCUAUGCGCCGCACCUCCCUUUUCAACACACCAGAGGAGGAUUUUACGCGCCGGUGUGGAAAGAAUAACAUCAUGGUAAAUGAGAUGUGGCUCGUCUCUUUUGUGCACCGUGUGUUACCGCCGCUGUGAAUGUGAUGCCGGGUCUGAUUCGCCCUGCACGGAUGACCUGAACCGGGCGGCGGAGGCGGUUGCUACUACAGCACUUGUUCCAUUAAGAGAAUUCUUGUUGAUGACCAUGGCUGACCAGUAUAAAAUGUUUCUCACCACGGCGCCCCCCCUCCGGCGUGGAAGUACACCCCUGCCUCUCAAACACCAGCUGCGGAGGGAAGAGGCCGUGUCAGAGGACUGUGAUUGGAUCCCCAACAUAGAGCCUGCCACAUUGCCUAUCAGUGACACAGCGGUGCCUCAGGAUGAGUGCUUCAGCCAAUCAACAGCCGCCCAGUCAACUUACCACAACCACGGUGGGGCAUUGAGGAUAGUGCUACUGGGACAGAAUGGCGUGGGCAAGACGUCGCUUGCCUUAUCUCUGACCGGACAGUCGGACAGAUCCCUCUCUAUAGACUCUGAGACACAAGCAUGUGGUGAGGGCUACGAGAGCUCAGUGACAGUCGACGAGGAGGACAGCAAAGUCAUAGUUUUCGACAACUGGAAACAGGACCUAUCCACUCUACAGUGUGAUGUGUGUAUCCUGGUCUUUUCAGUGACUGACAGGCGAAGUUUCCACCGCACUGCCCAGCUCCGCCUCCUCCUCAGGGAGUCCCAGCCACACACACCAAUCAUCCUGGUGGGCAACAAGAGCGACCUUGUCCGCUCCCGUGAAAUCAGCUCAGAGGAGGCCCAAUCCAGUGCCAUGAUGUUCGACUGCCUCUACAUGGAGCUCUCAGCCUCCCUGGACCACGGUACCAACGAGCUGUUGGAGGCCGCAGUUCGGACUGCAAGGGGCGACUGCGUGGGCCCCGGCUGGACCGACGGCGACCCCGGGGCGGGCCGCAGGGAGAGCCUGACCAGCCGGGCCAAGCGCUUCCUGUCAGGGCUGGUAUCAUACGGUCGAGAGCGGGACCGCGAUCGGGGGCGCUACAGGGAGAUGAGCCGCCACCGGGGCAGCAAGAUCCUCCGCCAGAAGUCUCGCUCCUGCCACGACCUCAGUGCACUGUGAUACACACGCAUGCAUACAUACUCCAACACACACACACACACACACACACCACACACACACACACACACACACACACACAGAUUAAAUGAUGUGGAGGAGAAGAAG